AUGAGGUUUCAUGAGCUUAAAAAUAAAGGCACCUUGUUGAAGAAGCAAAACGCCUUCCCAGCCAUUGCGGCCCGCUCCUGUGCCUUCCCGGGAGCGGAGCUGACAGCGCCUGAGAGCGCUGGGCCUCCCUCACGCCUCUGGCGCUGGCCGGGGGCGGCCUGCCCUUCUGCUACGCCCGCAGGCCUCACGCGGGCGCCUGUGGGAGCCGAGGCGGACACGCCGCUGCCUGCCGGAGGGUGUGAUCAGGGCGCAAACAAUCGUGUAAGGAAAACCUGGAUGAAGUGCUGCUCAAAGCACUUAGAGAAAUGUUUGAUGGAACAGUUUGGCAAAAGGUACAACUUCAGAAAGAUCUUGCUGUCUUUGUUUGUCAUAGGUGUGGGCAAGAGCAGUUUGCUGUUGCGUUUUGCAGAUAAUACCUUCUCAGGCAGCUACAUAACCACAAUUGGAGUGGAUUUUAAAAUCCGGACAGUUGAGAUCAAUGGAGAGAAGGUGAAGCUACAGAUCUGGGACACAGCUGGACAGGAGCGCUUCCGGACUAUUACAUCAACGUAUUACAGAGGAACACAUGGGGUCAUUGUUGUCUACGACGUAACCAGUGCAGAAUCUUUUGUGAAUGUAAAGCGGUGGUUGCAUGAAAUUAAUCAAAAUUGUGAUGAUGUCUGCCGGAUACUAGUGGGAAAUAAGAAUGAUGACCCAGAGCGAAAAGUGGUAGAAACGGAAGAUGCCUAUAAAUUUGCUGGGCAGAUGGAGAUCCAAUUGUUUGAGACCAGCGCCAAAGAAAAUAUUAAUGUGGAAGAGAUGUUUAAUUGCAUUACAGAGCUAGUCCUGCGAGCAAAGAAAGAAAACCUAGCAAAGCAGCAACAGCAGCAACAGAAUGAUGUGGUGAAGCUAACGAAGAACAGUAAAAGGAAGAAGCGGUGCUGCUAAUGCCCUUUCCCUGCUGCAGAGACUCUGCUCUCAGACAGAUCAGCCCCUCCAGCUAGACUCGGGCAAUUCCACUGGGGCAGGCUUCGGGAGGACUUUCUCAGUUUUGUGCCGUUAUUUAAAGAUGAUUUUUUCUCCAUGUUUUCUAUCAAGAGGCGCUGGCACCUUACCACUUCAGUGCCAAGAAGGUAUCGGAUGGAAUCUUGCCCCCCUCUCCUCCCCUGCUCAUUCCAGUGCGCCUUGUAGACAAGAAAGGACGUUGCCUACCAAGUGGACUAAUUAACCCAAGAGUUUGUAUAUAAUGUAUAUUGCUUUAACCA